AGCCGCCGCUACAUGUAGGUUGGAUGGCCACCCCUCCUCGUCCCAGGACGCCAGGCUCAUGUCGCCGCGCGAGGGACAAGGUCGCGCCAAGCCUCCAGUCGUCCCGCGUGACAAUGGACGACCCCCUGUUCUCACGUUCUCCACCUUGUCACAAAUUGGAUACAUCCUCAUCAAUCUUCAACGUACUACCUUACCUUAGCCCUCCAAACCCUCUCUCAUAGCGCAGCGCAGCUCACCGCGACGGGAGGCUAAUGAAUGACCAGAACCCCCCGCGGGGGUACCAGCACCAACCGCCCCCGUACCAGCAGCCAUACCAGCAGCCGUACUAUGCUCACCCGCCGCCGCCUCAACCGCCUCGCCUGUCGCUCCACCAUCGUUUACAAUGGUGGUACAACAUCACGCGCCCCUGGGCGAUUGUCGUCCCGGCCAUCACCCUCAUCAUGGACGUGUGGUGGUUCGCGGCGGGUAGACUGUGCGGCUACACCGACAGCGUGAUGGACGAGUGCUUCUGGGUUCUGUGGCUGUCCCUCCCGCUUGCCGUCGUGUCGCUGGUCUGGAACCUGGCCGCGACCAUCUCGACGAGGAGGAUCAUGCAUCAAAGACCCGGGUUCGCCCCGGGUCUGCAGUUUGGAGGCCAGGCGCUGGUGGCGUGCGGAGCGUCCGUGUGUCUAGGUCUCCUUGCGCGGCACUUUGCCAUGUACAUGGACGCGUGGUGGUCCAGUUCGCUCGAAGGCGCCAUGAUCGCCUUGAUUUCCAUCAUCACGUUCUUCAAUUGGGUGCUCACAGCGUUUGCGGCUUACGAAUGGGCCAUGGAAAGGAGAGCCAGGGAUGAGGAGAUGUAUGUUUUAUAGCAUCAAAUGCGAGUUGUCGUUACAGCGAGUUAUCAUACCCCCCAGUCUAGUGGACUUUGUUUAUCGUACAAU